AGAGAGAGAGAGAGAGAGAGAGACGAGUCUGCCACUGACCGGGAAUAUCUGCUAUUUUUCCACGUUGCAGGAGGCUGCAGGACCGGGAUCCAAGCUUAGGCACCACCACAGAGCCCCCUAGCUGGAGUCAUGCAGUCCUUUAGAGAGCGGAGUGGUUUCCAUGGCAACCAGCACUGCUACCAACAGGAACCCCAAGAAUUAUCACGCCUUGAGAGUUAUAGACAACAUCACAGCCAGUCCAGACAGGGCUAUGAGGCACACUCACUAGCUGCUGUGGGGAUGUCAACAGCGGGAGCGAGUCCUAAAGACUGUUAUGGGCAGCAGACCUAUCCCGUCUACACCAGCAACAGUGCUAAUCAGACUAAAAAACCUUACAGAGGAGCUAAAACUCCAAACCAGCACCUGCAGGCUGGCUACAACAAUCACAUGGGCCCUGGAUACUCAGCCCAGUAUAUGAGUGAAGGUCACUUGCAGCAAAAAUGGGAUGAGUCCAAUCAGUUGACCCAGUUUGAGCAGGACAUGGUGGGACGGCUGGAGUCGGGGGUCAGUGGGUCAUCUCAGUACCUAGAGCAGAACAUGCUAGCUAUCUCUCAGAGUCAGUGCCAUCUCCCCUCCCAGUCCCCUGCCCCUGCCUAUACAAGCCCCCAUCAACAGGGCCUCCCACCAAAUCCUGCACAGUCUCCUUUAAUGUAUCCCCAGGGCCACAUACAUUUCCCUCAGCACUCUCAACCAACUUCCUCCAGCUCUUCAUCAUCGUAUAUGGAGAAAUGUAAUCCAAUGCCCCAUGGCUACAAAGGCUAUGGUAUUUCACCUCAUGCACAGUAUGGAAGACAACACAGUAAUCACGGCAGUCUAAAGCAGAGUGGAUAUAGACCUCAGAAUAAUUAUGGUUACCAGCAGACUCCCUCAAGGUCUGGAUUUGAACAGGGCUCCAUGCAAGGUAUGUCUGGUACACCGGAGAACCUUCAGAAAUUUCAGCACUAUAAUCAGCCUCAGCAAAACUACUGUAUAACAGACAUUUCUGUAAGGUCUCCAGAACAAUACUAUCAGACCUGCAGCCCAAGUUCGAGUCAGUCACCUGCCAGGUCUGUGGGAAGAUCACCCUCAUACACUUCCACACCAUCCCCCUUAAUGGCAAACCCUGAUUCAUUCCAAUAUGGCCAGCCUCCCAUCAACCCUGGGGCUUCCACAUCCACAAGUCUACAAGAACCAAACAUGCUGAUGCCCCCUAAUACCCACACAUCACCCAGUGUGAACCACCAGUCCCAGAGCUAUUCUAGCUCCAUGAAAGAGCGAUUCUCUGAAAAGCUCCUGUCCAACCCAAGUUUGUGGAGCCUCAAUGCCCUGACAUCUCAGGUUGAAAACAUCUCCAACAAUGUCCAGCAGCUGCUUCUCUCUGAGGCCCUUAUGGCUAGUAAAAAGUCUAGCAAGCGAAACCAUCCGAAAAAAGGAGAAGACUAUCAAGGCCAGUUAAAGAGUAUGGAAGAUUCAUCUUGUCCUGAUAACCAACAUGGUCCUCCUCCAUCUGAUGCUUACAUCAUUCCCAGGUCUAUGACAGCAGAACUGCAGGAGGGAGGAUACUCCAGCAGUACUGAGGACCAGAUGGACAGGAGCUAUUACUAUUUUGGUCAGGACAAAGGUCAAGCACACACCCAUACCCACACACACUCGCGGCUCAGCCUCGAUGCAGUGUCUUCCUGCACUGUAAACUCAGCAGAUGAUAUGUCUGUCAGGUCAGGUGACUCAGUUCGAAGUCUACAGAGUGUAGCCUCUGAUGACAAUAUCAAUUGUGACCCCAGAGUACAGAGAGAAAUGACUGGAGAGGAACCCAACAGCUCUCUCAUGUGUAUUAGAGAUGAGAAGUCUCCCAUGUGUGUAACAGCCCAAAGUCCUAUAAAGCAGGAGAGUAAUUCACCACCAGACAUAAAGCGUUCAGAAAGUACUCUAAAAGAGAACUUUGAGGAGUCAGCAUGGACUGAGAGGAUGGCUGAUGAGGAGGAUAUUGAACGAAGAAAGCAUGAGUGCAAAGGAAAGGUCAUUGAGAAGCCACAGAAGUGGUUGGAGGAUGAGAAAAGUCCUUCUCUUUUUCAUAAAAUAAAUAAAGCAGCAUUAGAAGAAGGUUACUCAUAUGAAACAGAAGUCUACCAAGGGCUGCAAAACAAAUAUUAUUCAGAUAAAGGAGACUCAACAGACAUGGACUGUUUACCAGACCUUAAUCACAAAGGAAAUGAAGGCACAGAAAUAAAGUUUAAGAAUUUCAAAUCAGAGCCACAGCCCAAUGUUGAAUCUCAUGGAAAAAUAUCAACAGGCAGUUCAGGCACUGAUCUGUAUUUGCCAGAGAAAGAAGAAAACUCAAAGGAUGAGAAUUCAGUAGAGAGCAUUAUAAGCACAGAGGAACCAAUGAACACCCUGGAGGAGCAAAAGUCUUUCUCCCAUAAUUCUACUGAGGUGAGAGAUGAGAAGGAGAGUCUUACAACCUCAGUGGAGGACAUUAAUAAUAAAGAAACACCACAGGAGUCCUUUGCAGUAUUGUGCAGUACAUUUGAAGAGACGGAAAAUGUGCCCCAAGCCAACAUUGAAACUGCAGAAAGCUUUGCCCAGGACACACCAUACAGAGGCAGUGAAAAGAGGUCAGCCUUAUGUGACAUUGCACCUCAUCCUCACACUGCCAUGAGUGGCUUCUCAACUCUCAAUGAGAAAAUAACACCUCUGGCUCAGGCUAGAGAACAUCACAUUGAUCGCAGUGAUGCAAAGGUACUGGAGCCUGACUCUCCUCAAUUGCCAGGCAAGUCAAUACUGCAUUCAUCACCAUCCUGGGCUGACACCCCACCCUCCCCCAAGAAAGGGGAUGAGGACAUGGAACUGGGUAUAAGCUGUCCCAGCGCAGUGACUCCCUCAGCAAAACCAGGGCCAUUGGCCCCAUCUGCACAUACAAGAAUGUUUGGUAAGAAGCAUGCACGGGGCCGGAGGAGACUAAUGAAUUCAAGCGUAGGGAUCAGAACACAGCUAAGUGUGGAAGGAGACAAAUCAACACCUUCUGCCCAAAGUUUGCUCUCCAGCAAAAGCAUGCUUAUUCAUGAUCCGAUGGAAACUGCCCACCAGGAUAUUAGCAGUCAAACACAAAAACUUUUGGCAGACAGUUUGCCAUCACGGAUGUGCACUCGUUCUUAUGUUUCACAAAGCAACCCAAAGGUUUGCCCUCAAGAGAGAAGAAAACCAGGUCCAAAGCAAGGUUUAAAACUAGUUAUGAAGCCAGGUCCAAAAUCUGGUCCAAAUUCUGAUUUAAAACCAGGUCCAAAACCUGGUCUAAAACCUGGACCAAAACCUAGUCCAAAAUCUAGUGCUAAAACUGGUCCAAAACCAGGUCCAAAAUCUGAAGCUAUGCCUAAUGUAAAGCCUGAUCCUAAACUAGGUUCAAAAAACACAGGGUCUACAGAAGGUACAAAGACUGGUUUACGGCCUGGCUCUAAAACUGGUCCAAAAUCAGGGUCUAAACUAGGUUCAUAUAAUCUUCCAAAUCCAAGUCAAAUUACUACAGAAUCAAAACCAACUGAGCGGCCAAAGUCUAAAGGCCCUGGUCGACCAAAAGGCCUCUCCUCUAAGAUCAAAUCAAGAAAACAAAAUACACAUUUUCAGAUUACAACAGACCAUACCAAGGACACAAGCUCUACAAGCAAAUUUAUUCAGCGAGAUGUGACUACAGAUUUAACUCUGGACAAAUUUGUUGGGGUUGUGAACACCUCUAUGGAUGAAACCACUUUGGAAUCUGCUCAAGAUAGUACUUGUGUAAAUUCUUUAGUAAAAAGUCAAAAGUCAAUGGUGCUGAGAUCACGGAAACAAACAAAGGAAAAAUUGACUGAAGAAAAAGAGAAAGAGAGUGAUAAAUCUACAGAGACACCAUCAAAAAAACUCACAGGAACACAAUUGCAGGACGUUACUGUAAUUACUGAAUUACUUGAGGAGGAUGUCUCUACAGACUCACUCCAACAACCAAAUGAAGACAUAGUUUCCAUCAAAAGAAAAUCUAGUUUACACUCUUCAGAACACCCAAAAAGAAAGAGAGGUGUGAAAGCAAGCCAAACGAAGACACGGGGACCUCCAUUAGAAACGGUCAUGGAAGUCUGCAUUCCAAAGGGAAAGUGGAAGAGAGGGCAGCAUUUGCUUACAGAAUCUUUCAGCAGCAAUGUAAUAACAGAUAACCCUCCUACUGAUAGCAUUGGUGACAUGCCUCCUGUGCCUCCUCAGUGUCCCACUAAAACAAAAUAUUUGCCUCCUCGGAAAGGCAGGGGACUUAAAUAUGAGGCAAUGGUUCAGAAAAUCACAUCCCCAGGAUCCAAAAAGCAACCUCUAAAUAUCCAACCAGAUGUUGUGCCAGAAGAAUCAACAUCAAAACUAGCACCACAGGAACCAGAGCAAAGGGAGACAAUGAAUGCCCCAGAGGUGGCACACGAGGAGGACGAUAGCACAAUGAGUACACAAGAGGUCAAAACUACAGCAGUAAUUCAAACUCCAAGGAAGAAGAGGAGAAAGUGGGCCACUGUAGAGAGCUACGAUAUACCAGAGGUAGCUUUGGAAGCUGGGAGCCUUGUUAUCAACACACCAAGGCUAGCCAAACAGAGAGCUAUUAAAAACAACCACGAGAUGCAUCUGAAGCAACGAAAGAGGAGAAGAAAAGGCAUUGAACCAGCAGAAAGCAUUCCCAAAGUGGAGCAACAGCAGCCUGUACAGCCUGAUAUUCCACUCCCAUCUCCACCAUCAUCUUCUUUGCCAGAAACAGGUGAACAGACACAGUAUGAUAAGCCACUAACAGAACUGUGCCCACCAGUAAUAAAAGCCAAAAGAAGCAGGUGGCCAUCAUUCAAAAAGAAACAGGAGGAAGCCUCAAGUCAAACAGCAGAUGACAAAAUACAGGAGAAAAGAAAGGCUGAACCUAAGAAAAAGAUUCAAAUGAAUUUUAAUGUCCUCAAAGUUGUAGUGAAGAGACCUAAACUGAAGAGGAAACGUACUAAGGAUUUCUCUCCAACAGUGAAGGGAACAUUAUCAGACUUAUAUCCAUUGCAGAGUGAUGGCAAAUGUUCUUUCAGACCAUAUGUACACAUUGACAGCUCUUUGGAGCCAACGUCCCUUUGUACCAUCAUCAACAGGCCUGAGGAAGAGCAUCUGCUCACCCAGGCAAGAAAAAAGUGUGCCGCUGAAAUAAAAAAUCUAGUCACAGUUACCGAGGCAAUAUCAAACACCUCAGUAAUGCUCCAGGGGCCCUUAGUUAACAAAAGCCUAAUUGACAGGUGUCUAAUGUGCUGCUUGUGUGGAAAGCCGUCAAAUUACAGAGAGCUUGGGGACUUGUGCGGUCCCUAUUAUCUCGAGGAUGGCGUACCGCGGAAAAUGCUGUCUUUAACACACAGAAGUGAUUUUGUGCAAAGCAGCAACAUUGCAAAAGAGACAGAAGCUAGCUCCAGCAUAGAGCACAUAAACUCACAGAGUGCAUCUGAGAAGGAUGCACAUCAGGAGGGGAUGAAUGAAGGAUGUACCAGGUAUUCCAGGAGGGGGAAAAGGGCAAUUAGGGGACAGUUAAGAACCCGCCCCACCUUGUGCAGGAGAUUCAAAAGACUGCUGCUGUUGCAGAGCAGAAUUAGUGGACCUGCUCCCUCUGAUGGUGAGGAGAAGAGUAAAACAACUCUGCAGAGAUUGCAGGUGGAGGCAGAGGCUAAAGAGCACUGGGCUCAUGAAGCUUGUACUGUCUGGACGAAAGGCAUCAUCCUGGUAGCAGGAAAACUUUAUGGGCUGAAAGAGGCUGCUCAGAGCGCUGCACAUGCAAACUGCUCCAGGUGCCAGAGUGAGGGAGCUUCCAUCUGCUGCAGCUGGAAGAGCUGCACCGAGAGUUACCAUUAUGUCUGCGCCAAAGAGAUGGGUUGCACGUUUCAAGAAGAGACCUUCUCAGUUAGGUGUCCUAAACACAAGCUGCACAUUGCCUGUACAACUGGAGUUGUGCUUACUGCCCCCUGCUGAUUGGAACCUGCAAAAACAUAAAGGUGGUACUUCAAGCUUGGAAUUCUCUGGUGGCAAUGUAAAAUGCCGGUGAAUGAGGACUGGUGAAAACAGAAAUGCAAAAAGGACAGACGUCUACCUGCGUGCUGCAAGUUGCUUUGGACACCUGAGACAGAGGAAUAAAUUGGUACUGUAGCAAUACUGACCAUUUCUCAAUCCACCCGGACUGGUCUAAACACAACACCCUUCAUAACAAAAUACUGAAAAUGGGAAAGACACUUUUGUUUUGAAUCCAAAUGUGCCAUUCUUCCAUUUUUUCUGUAAUCUGGAGCGGAUGUUAUCAGUCGAGGACACCUGGUGGCAGAUUUGGAUGGCUGCCGCGAGCACUGGCUGGCACAGUCAUAUUCCCACUGUUGAAGGGGAUUGAAAUUUGAAGAUGUCAUGCAUCAUACACUCAAUGGAUGUAUUUCAAUGAACACUUACAUGCUACUAAGAGGAAAAAAAAUGAAAUCGUACAUGUUGUGCUUUACAGGUCUAAAUAUUCUGAUAUCAUGGAAAAAAUUAUACAAAAGCAUUAUUUUGAUAUACCGCUAAUCCAGGAUGUGGGAUUAUUUUGAUGUGCAUUUGAAGACAAAACAGCACCACUGAAAUGUUCAAGUGUGUUUGGAGAAAAAAUAUCCUGCACUUAUAUUGCGUGUAUAAGCUGUUCGGCAUUAAAGGCAUAGUCUCCCCAAAAAUUACAAUCCUGUCAUCGUUUACUCACUCUCAUCUCCUUCAAAACCCAUAUGACUUGCUGUCUUUAGUGGAACACACAAAAAAGGAUUUACUGUAUCUUCAGAUUAAAAGACUCAUGAUGCACAAUUUUGGAAUGUUCGCAUGCGCUAAUGAGAUUUUAGAGCUACGGCGCAAGGGAAGAUUUUAAGCAAAUAAAGGCUUAAAUUUCAGUUUGAUUCUCAAAUAAAGCUAUCGUAUGGCUUCAGAAGGCUGGAAUAUAGCGCACAAAUCUUAUGGACUACUUUUAUGUUGCUUUUUCUUUCUUUUUUUUUUUCAUUUUGGAGCCUGUCAGUCUCAGUCCCUAUUCGGUUUCAUUGUGUUUCACUCCACGAAAGAAAGUCAUGCAGGUUUUGAAUGACACGAUGUUGAAUAAAUAAUGACAGAAUUGUCUUUUUUUUCUUUUUCGUGAACUGUGACAUUAUGAUAGCCUCAAUUACUGAAGAAGACUGACACAUUUUUAAUUUAUGUUCAUUUAAUGGUGAAAUGAUGCAGAAGACGACAUUGAAAACUUCAUAGUAAUUUAAUCAGAGAUGUAAAUGUAACUAACAUACUAUAGACUUCACUCCACUGCAGUAUUACAGGUAAGAGCGCACAUGGAGAUGACAGAACCGUCGCGUAAUUAUUUGAUUCCUAAUUCUAAGUAACUGUGUAUAUAAGUAUUUGAUGCUGUUUAAAUGUAAGAUGUGAUGUACUAUUAUAAUUGUGUAUAGUAUUUCUUAGAGAUGUUUAUUUUCUAUAAAACAAAUAUGUUAUUGCUUACAAAAGUUAUUAAA